AUGACCAUCUUUUCUCUUUCUGGGGCCUUGCUCGCUGCUGUCGUUCUGUCUGGUACAUGUAAUGUUGUAGCUCAGCUGCCGCAGGCUGCCCUGCCUGUCCAGACGCUCGUCACCUUUGGUGACAGCUACACAGAUCAAUCCCGGUUGACAUACUUCAACACGAACCAUUCCUACCCGCCUCUUCACUAUCAGGAAGUCUAUCCUCCCGGAGCGCACGCCGCCAACGGUGGUGCCAGCUGGGUUCGAUAUGCUGAGAUGUACAGCGGUGUCCAGAGCUACAACUACGCUGUUAGCGGUGCUGCCUGCUCGAACGCACUUACGGGCCGUCCGGGGCAGGGGGCUGCCGUUUUCCCUGAUGCCUACUUCCCUGGUGUUCAGGAUUACGAGAUUGGGGCUUUCGCUGCUGACUGGGUUAUCCCUGCUCCCAACGGUGCUUACUUCAACGAGCUCAACCCCUUAACGACUGUCUAUUCCCUCUGGAUUGGCACUAAUGACGUCGGUAUCAACUCCCUCUUGACCGGAAACCAGACUGCUGGUGUGACCAUCGUGAACGUCACCGAGUGUGCCAUAAGCUGGAUGCAGCAGAUGUACACAUAUGGCGCGCGGAGGUUCAUUCUUCAGAACAUGAUUCCUCUCGACCUGGCUCCGGUGUAUGCUGUUGGACCCGAUCCGUUGGAUCACUACUGGCCUGUUGCCCACAACAGGACUGACUACAACAUCCAGCUGCAGGAACUGGUGAUGUCAGGCAACGCGCUCUGGGAUCUUCAAGUACCCGCCGCUCUGAUAACUCUGCCCGGUGCGAGCGCAGCGGUAUUCAAUAGCCACGCUCUGUUUACCGAUAUGUACAACAACCCAUCAAUGUUUUUGAACGGCACCGCACCCUUGAACGUUACGGGGUACUAUGCCCAUUCCAACGCUUCCGGUGGUGACGUGUAUUUCGUGAAUAACAGCCCUGAUUCGUUCCUAUUCUACGAUGGCCUUCAUCCCUCCGAGCAAGUGUCCCGCCAUGUUGCAACGGAGAUCGUCAAGACGCUGAACCGUACCUCAGCAUACGCAACGUAUUACGGGAUUUGGUGA